AUGCAGGACAGCCACAAGUCGUUCCUUAUCAAGGACCUGCUGGGCGACGUGCUGCGGCCCGGCGCGCCCGGUGCACCCGCUGCGACACACACGCAUGUCCAUGAAGAUGUAGAAAGGGAGAGCGGAUGUCAAUCCUCACCCAGCCACAACAUAGAGACCUCCGACCUCGAAGACGACAUUUCCGUAGGCGACAACCGCAGCGACACCUCCACACCCAAUAACAAAACUAGAUUCGGAUUCGACACCGACGCCGAUUGUUACCAGAAAAAAAUUGAUACAGAUGACACAGAACGAUCCUCCCCAGCCGAGUACAAUUUGAACCGGUUACAGAACUCAAGCUACAAUUCACCUUUUAAAGAAGAAGACAAUGAAUUCGAUAAUCGGGCGGAGGAGUCGAUGAAGCUGUACGAAAACGGUCUCUUUCAUUUGUACAGGACGGAAAGGGAUGGCAACAAGGAUGAUGCGGGCGAUGGGUUCAUGGCUGGUGGUCUAUCGGAGGGUAUUUACGGCAGAUCCAUGGACCUGUCAAAGAGUACCUUCCAGUCUCAGCUGUUGGCUGGAUUCGCGUCUGUAAUGGCUGGCAACUCGCAGAGAGAGUCGCAUGAGUCUGCUGAUCGUCAGCAAGCUAAGCCCACGACUUCUUCGGGUGGUCGCAAGCCGCGUCGCCGGCGCACAGCGUUCACACACGCGCAGCUCGCGUACCUUGAGCGCAAAUUUCGCUGCCAGAAGUACCUGAGCGUGGCGGACCGCGGGGACGUCGCCGACGCGCUAAGCCUCAGCGAGACACAAGUCAAGACAUGGUACCAGAACCGACGAACAAAAUGGAAACGACAAAAUCAACUUCGUUUGGAGCAGUUGCGCGCGCAGGCGGCAAGUGGCGAGCGGGAACUGCCGCAUGCGCUGCCGUUGGCUUGCGCUCUGCUGCCACCUUAUCCGCCAUACAUGCAUUGUCAUCUUUAA